CUGCCGCAGACAGCAGCAGCAGUGAUUCGGCAACGCAGAGUAACAACAAAUAGCAAAACAAAUCUCUAUUUGAAUUUUAAACCAUGGCGAUGUUUUAAGCAAUGCCUUUUGAGGAGGUACAUGGAGAUGUGAGGAGGACCCAGUGUCCCAUGUUGCAUUAGUGUCUGUGUGAAAUGCUGGCCUGUCUGCCAGGGCCAGGUGACCUCUCCCUCCAGCUUCUCUCACACACGCAGAUGAACACUGGACUUCAGAAAUGGGACACUACACAGAGGAUGAGAUCUGCUCAAUAUCCAACCCCUGCAGAAUUGGAUGCUUAUGCUAAGAAGGUUGCCAACAACCCCCUGACCAUUAAGAUCUUCCCCAACAGCGUCAAGGUCCCCCAGAGGAACCACGUGCGCCGCACAGUCAACGGGCUGGAUACCUCUUGCCAGCGUUACAGCCCCUACCCCCCCUCUCAGGCCAGCUCCAAGGCCGGCCUCCUUGCCAUCAUCAAGAUGCCCGUCAUCAAGGGCAUCCUCAAAGACUUUGAUGGCAGCCGGGUACGCCUGCAACCCUCCGAGGUCAUCAUGAACCCCCCUGGCCCCGGAGGGCCAUACGCAGCAGCAGCCGCCUCGGCCAGCACUUUAAACCUACACCACCCCCCUUCCCAAGGCCAGGGCAUGCCCCGGCAGAGCCUGAACCCUCACCCUGGGAGCCAGACUCACCCUCAGACUCUACAACAGAAUCACCCCCAGCAGCAGGGUCAGUGCCAGGUCCUCAGACACCCACCCUCCAUGCCCCAGCAGCACCCAGAGCAGAGUUUGCCCAGGGCCCAGACUCUGUCCCACCCCCCAGCCCUGGGCCACCCCCAGCCUCCCUCUGGCCCCACCCUCCUGCUCCAGCAGCAGCAGCAACAGAGCCUUCAGCAGCAGGGGCAGCCUCCUCCCGGCCUUCAGGGGGGCCGAAAGCUGCCAGACGCUGACGCGCCGCCUAACGUGACCGUCUCUACCUCAACAAUUCCUCUGUCCAUGGCCGCCGGCCUGAACCAGGGCCGCCAGCCAGACCUGAGCAGCAUCGUGCACCAGAUCAACCAGUUCUGCCAAGCCCGGGCUCAGGGGGCUGGGGCCACCUCAAUGUGCGAGGGCCAGAUCGCAAACCCCAGCCCCAUCAGCCGCAACCUCCUCAUCAACGCCAGCUCCAGGUUGUCCAUGCACAGCCACCCACACCCCAACGUCUGUCCCCCCGGGCUGCCCCCACACCCCAACUGCAUCAUGUGUCCUGCGAACAAGGCUGCUGCCCCCUCUCACCCCCAAAACAACAUGGCUGCUUCUAACAUGAUGCCUGUUUACCACAAUGAUAUCAAACAGCAGCAGCAACAACAGCAUCAACAACAGCAUCAACAACAUAAUCACCAACAGCAGAUGCGCUGGAACCAGCAGCAGUUGGCUCAUCUACAGCACAUGCAGCAGGAUGGCGGGGGCCACCCCUGCAAGCACCCCUCUCACAUGGGCUACCCCCCAGAGCUGUGUGUGGGCCAGCCAUACAGCCUGAAGCCUCCUAUAGAGAAGCCCACCCCCUCUCCCCCCAACAACAACAAUAAUGGCAUGCCUGGGGGUCCACUGGCCCACUACACCAGUGGUGGCCACUAUUUCCAACAACACGCUGUGUGGAACAGCAGUAUCCUGCCAACGCCCAACAGCGACAGCUCCGGGUCUCAGGACCUGUCCAUGCCAUUCCAUGGUGGGCCCCCAGGGGGCUCCACCACCCUAGACUGCGGUGGGCCCCCUGGGGGAGGCCAUUACAGGCCCAGGGCGAGCUCCUCCUCCUCCGGCCAGACUAGUCUGGUGCAAACAGCAGAUUACUUGGGCGGGGACUUCCAGACGCCCUGCUUCCGAGAUCACAAUCUGGGGCUGAUUGGAAAGAUGCACAGGCCUCCCAUGAACAGGGUGGGGCCCGAGGUUGGCCCCGGGGACGGCAGAACCGCUCACAUCCAGCACCCAGGGUACAGAUAAGAUAAGCUACGGCCGGUCUUGUCUACACAGCAGUUAUCGAAAACCUUAUUUUAGUCUUAAAGGAAAAAUAUGAAAUAUAAUUAAAUUAAUAAAUUAAGUAAAAAUUUCUGCUAACAUUAAAAAGAGGACAAAUUAAUAUAUAAUAAAGAGCAGUGUUGGUUUUUCUUUUUCUUGGAGUCUAUCUUGCAAGUGAUCAGUUGAUUUUGUAAAUGAGUGCUUUCACUAGGCACCCUCUAGAGAGCGUUUCUUAUGUAUGUGAUUGUCAUCAUUCCCUACCUUUUUUCCAUCCUACCUGUCUAUCAGUGUGCCUGGAUCUAAGGAUACAGAGUUAUUUUUACUUCAGAUCUGUCCUUCCUUCAAUUUCUGCAGAGGAUGGAUGAAAACUCAUUGACGCUUCAUGGAAGAAAGAAAAAAACAUUCAUUUGUUUGUUUUUACUGAGUCGUGUGGGGAUUUCUCCUCUGCGAUUAGUUUUUUUGGACAAGUGGCUAAUGUUCCCUUUUUGCGUUUACUUCUGAAACUCGUAGUGACAUCAAGAUUAAAAACCUCUUGAAAUCACCUUGCAGACGAGAUAAUGAAUGGUUCAGUGUGAAACUGAAACUAUCAGUCACUGGACACUACAAAGGACAGAUGGAGACACAUGUACAAAGAGGCUUUUUCUUUCUUUAGAAAUGUAUUUAUUUGUGAAAUAGGACUGUUUUCUGAAUCAGGUCACUGGUCAAGGUUGAUUCCUCGCUAUCAUCAAAGUAUCUAAUCUAAUCAGGUUGAUGUUUGUACAGAGCAUAGAUAUAUACUGUAUAGACAGUGUAGACAUCUAGAUCCAGCAGGGAGCAACAUACUGGACUGACUGGGGGAGCUGACCAACUCGCUCUUGCUCAAAAUGCUGCAAUGAAUUCAGGUGUCUGUUACAAACCAUUUGUCACCAGUGCCAAUUGAGAUUGGCAACAUGAUUGUGGAUUAAUAUAUUUUUAUUUUAAUGGAGUGAAAAAAAUAAUUAAUUCUGUCUGAAGCCUUAAAUGGCCAAAGUCACAUAAUUGACAAGGAAAACGUAUUUUAAAAGAUGUCAUUUUAUGUUUCCUAUCAUUUUUCGUGAACCCGAAAACAACUACUUGAAUUGUUGAAAUGCGAUGUUCUGUUUGGCAGUUGUUUAGUGAAGGCAGUGAGCUAGUUAGCAGGACUAAACCUAUCUACUGGAGUGAAAUAAAUAGAAUUGUUACUAAUGUAAUGUUAUUUUAGAAACUAACUAUGAACCAAAUUAGAGUUUUGAUCCUGAGUGUAUUUUGUUUUUAAUCACUAAAGCUAACUUAGUUGCUACUGAUUCUGGUAUGAAGUCUGCUGAAAAUACCAAAUUGAUCACUUGCAAGAUCACUUGGAGGUUAAAGGAAAUUGACUAACUUAAG